AUGCCGGAUGCAAGCCACGAUCCGUUGCAUAUCCGUCGGAACUUUUUCGGCUUCCGUCGGAAACAACAUCGUGUGAUCAAGAACAACCUUGCUCCUAUUGUGCAUACCACUCAUUCGACUGUGUAUUCCGUACAUCUGGCGGUCGUGGAACUCCCAGUGUAUCGAGUCAGAGGAAACGAGCUGCGCGUGAGGCUCAGCACAGCCAAAACAGUGCCAGUCGGCCAUCGCCAUGGCCGGGUGUACGGCCAAGCGGACUGGUCUCCGGGUCUACUAAGAUUUGGCUCCUCCGGCGUCCAUAUCGCACCUAAAACUCCGAGUAUAUCGACUGCACAGGAUAACCAUUACGACAGCCCAAUUUCCGAGGUAGGCGAUGCUGCAUUGAGGGAUGGCUUGAGCGGAGUCAACCUACACACCAACGGAACCGAGUUCUAUGGCAACUCUUCCAACCUAGCAUUCCUCGGAAACCUUUACGCAAGAGCCCGAAGCCAAGCAGACAACCGAGAUCAAUACCAGCUGGCGGAUUAUGUCUCUCAGCUAAUGCAGGAAACACCUGCUAAUCAACGUGAUCAACCUCCCCAUCCAGAGCCGAGCGAUCACAAAAGCGGGAAGUCGGGCAAGUCACAACUUUCAAUUGUGAACUUGCUUUAUAAUGCGGAUUACCCGGGCCAUCUUUCGCCUCAGUCUCAGAGCGGAGGGGAAGCUGCAACGCCGACGACCCAGUCCGUCCAAAGUAACUCGAGCGGCCUGCUUAGGCCUGUGAGCAAUUCACAAAAAAACCACCUUGAAAUCAUUUUCCCCAGACUUACGAAUAAUGCGCAAAUGGAGAUUGAGAAAAUCUUCAUUGGUAGCUAUUUCGCUAAUAAGCACUACAUCCACCCAAUCCUUUCCAAGAGCUCAUUCAUGAGACGCUGUGAAGUUGAAGCCUGGCCAAAUUCAAGACGUGCUGGCCUCUUUAGAGGUCUCACCAAAUUUGCUAGGCUCUACUUUGCAGUUGUUGCCUUGGGGGCGAUCAAUGCCAGUCCAGACGAGACAUCUUUACUAGACCACUUCUGCCAACAGACAGAUGAUCAAACAAGAGGACCGACAGGUGGAAUGGCUGUUCGCACAGCAGCGGCUAUUGGACUUGGGUCGAGCUUGUCUUCGUUGCCUCCUAGUGCUCGACGGGAAGCUCGACGUACAUGGUGA